AGAAAAAAGAGUGUGGACAUAUACAUACAGCGUGGAGUGUAUGUAUAUAUUCUAGACUUUUUACAGUAUUCUCAAUCAAUUUUGUAACCGACCUUUCUUGAAUUGGGACGCACCAAGAUUGACUGAGGACUCAAAAAUUUCCUCAAAAACAUGUUCCUAUUCUUUCGCUACCCUUCCACCGUUAACCAACGCUAAAAAAAUGAUUUUUUUCGAAACCCUUGAUGAAAAUAAUGCGAAAAUACUCGGGGAAUUUUUUGGGUUGAAAAAUGAGUGAAGAAAGAAGAGUAAUGCAGAUAUUUUAGAGCCCAAUUUGAGUAAUGAUUUAUUGCUUCGUUUUCAUCAAUCGAGAGGGCAGCUUCUGAUUCGUAUAUAUAGAUACAGAGCGGUAUAUAUACUUAUAUUAGGUAUUUCUCAUCAUUUGUUCCGUUUCUGGAUUAGAUGUCUGAAUUGGUGGCUCGAACUGGUCGGCAACAGCAGCGUUACGAGGAUGGUUACCGUCUCAUUGCUGGGUGUAUUCCCUUCAGAUAUAGGACUGUGAAAGAUGAUAAUGUUGGCACAAACAAGAAUAUCGUUGAAGUAUUAAUGAUCAACUCGACUGGUGGACCUGGUCUUCUGUUCCCAAAGGGUGGGUGGGAGAAUGAUGAAACGGCUGAGGAGGCAGCAGAAAGGGAAGCCAUGGAAGAGGCUGGAGUUCGAGGCGAUCUAGUGCAUUUCCUUGGAUGCUAUCCUUUCAAGAGCAAAACACUACAGGAUGAAUACAGCCCAGAAGGACUGUGUCGAGCUGCUAUGUACGCCUUGCACGUGAAGGAGGAGCUCGACUCGUGGCCCGAAAAGAGCCACCGGGAGAGGAGCUGGCUAACCGUGGCAGAAGCAAUCGGCUGCUGCAGGCACGCGUGGAUGCGGGAGGCGCUUGAGAAAGGUUUUGCAAAGUGGUAUGAUGAUGGCAUGAUCCGUACCUUGCCAAGUAAGGGGUCAAGUUGACAUUUUCAACAUUCAAUUUUUGGUUAGAACAAUUAUUUAGCUAUGGUGCCAUCUUAAGCUGAUUCUUGGUGCCUCUUUGUUUGUUCUCUCUCUAAAUUUAAAUUUCCCUAAUUUGGAGAACUAGGAACUUUGAGAGUAAGAUGCAAAUAUUUUGUGUUAUUUUAGGUGUUUAAAAUGUUUUGAUAUUGGGUUCUUGCAUAACAAAUUGAGAAAUGAAGCUGAGACUUGUCACCUUUUUUUCUUUUCA